GUCCAUAUGUGGGCUUUUCCGGUUCGAUAUUUACAAACGAUGCUGUUCACCUCAACCACCUCGGGGAGAUACUCAUGGUUACACCCAUUUUGGGCACGAGUGAACACCAAAUUAAGUUUGCGCGAUACCUUGGCGCUGUCCGACGGGCCACGGAUAAAUUAAGAAAAUACUACCAAGUUGUCGAGAUGUCUGUUAAAGAGAGGAAAAAUCAUAUACGACUAUUCUGUGAGCUAUCACCAGAGCCAGCAUUCCCGUGGCCAACAACAUACGAAGCAUCUAAUACUCAGGUCAGAUUCACUUACGAAUUACAGCCUUACCCGGACAGACUGAUAUUCAUUGGAAAAUUGGACAAUGACGAUACAGUACUCAUAAAAUUCACCAAAACGUACUCGCUGGAUGCGCACCGAAUCUGUGCUGCAUUGGGUUGUGCGCCGCAGCUGCUUGGUUACCGCAAGCUUGGCAGCAUUUGGUAUAUGGUGGUGAUGGAAUGCUUGGACCCUGAUGUAUAUAAGCCGUACUCAUCCCUCACAUUCCGGGAUCCAGCUGAUAAUUUACUUAGACUUGGUUCUAAAGUCAGAAAAGCCAUCGGUGCCCUCCACAGUAACAACCUGGUUCAUGGCGACAUACGGGAUGCAAACAUCCUCGUAAACCGAAAUAUGGACGACUUUAAAAUCAUCGAUUUUGACUGGGCGGGGGAGGCUAAUAUCGUAUGUUACCCAACAAGAAUCAAUCACUACGGCAUUGUGAGACCGCGUGAUGCGCAGUUCGGAAUGCCUAUCACAAAGGAGCAUGAUAAAUUUAUGCUUAAUGUUCUGUUUCCGGAACGUGAAUAUUUUCCGUCAGAGUAA